CACCUUUUUUUUUUCCCAGUGCCCCCCUCUUGGGGGCGCCACUGGUCUCCAAUUAAAGCUAUUGUGAAGAGCACAUUUCAUUUCCGACCCCAAGCUUGGCUUUCAUGAAACUAGACUCCCGGGCUCAUAAAUAAAAGAUCCCCUGUGCGGUGCUGGCUGAUCACCGGAGCUCUUUCAGCUGUAUAAGUGGUGAAAGGCGACAUAAUCUGCCCACAUUAAGAUCUGGACUGAGAUUGAGACACGCACACAGAGAGGGGGGCCUGGAGAGACGCUCAUCUGGAGGAACCACAUAAGUCUCCUGGCGGCAGCAUGAUGAACCCGCAGCGGCAAGGCGAGCCCCUCCUGCACGACCCUCCUCCGGUCUUCGGGAAGCCCUGGUACUGGCAGCGCAGCAGCAGCACCAUGGAGAGCAGCCGCAGCCUGGCGCAGGUCAUCAUGGAGAUGCGCGACGAAAUCAAGAAGCUGGAGGCGGAAAACCGAGAGCUGCGUGGGGACUGUGGUGGUCAGCGUGCAGGGACGGCAGGAGAAACCAGCGCUGGAACUGAGCAACCCGCGAUACUGGAGAACCCCUACGGGAACUUGAGACGGAAUGCGUCUGCGCCAGUCCUGGAGGGACAGUACAAAGAAAACACUGCCAUGACCGUGCGAAGGUACUCCACGAGCUCCAGCCUCUCCGGGUUGACAGUGAGAGAGGGAAGGGUCGACAAGAACAGGCAGAGUAACUCAGGGUGGGAUAGACUUCACGAAGAAAUCCGGCAUGACGGCGACGUGUUUGGAGGAGCAGAGAAAGCCAACAACCGCCGCUCGUUGCAGGAGUACGUCCAUAAAAACAGGGCCAAGGUAAAAACCGUAACCUUCCUUCUACCCGUUGAUGACAUUUACACCAGUCGACCUGUUCUGACCAAACACAAAGAGGAGCCCAAAAUCACUGGUCUGGCUUCCAUAGCCGAGACCGAGUCCUGAGAAAACAUUAUUAAAAAAAAAAAGACUUUGGAUAUAUUAAUGGAACAAGUUGAAGAUAUAAACUGGAACUUUGCAUCCUCAUCGGAGUUUUUUUUUUUUCUUCCCUUCCUAACUAGGUCAAUUUAGACUGAGUAAGCAAGCAGACCGAUUUUUAUCACACCUGACCAACAAACUGGAGUCUCUGAUUACAGGUGUUCUUUUCAUUUGGACGUGGCAAUCUAUGCCUGGUCAACAGGGAUGAGACGCGGGGGCCUCUCUCUAAACGGAGGAUCAGGUGUCCAGACUCCUCUUCCGGCCCGGCCUGUGGUUUCAGGGUGACACAUGUGGCAGCCGCCUUUUCAGACUCAGCUGUGGUCGUUGACUCGGUCCGUGCGAGGCACGUCACCGUCAUCAUUUAUUCAUCUUCUUGUUCUCUUUACAAGGCGCACUGAAAUGCAUAUCCACAACCCCAAGUCAAGCUGGCAUCCUGACGAGGAUUUGUAUUUGUAACCCGUGCAAAAAAUGGGAAUUAAAGUCAUCACCAACGACAUGUGUCCAUAUUCAGGAGGUUUAUUUAGCAACAAUACCCCAUAUCUCACAACCACACAUUCCCCUCGUUAAAAUAAAAUAAAAAAAAAACACAUUUAACAUCAGUUUUUCCCGUCUGAUAAGCAGCCACGUGAUUUAUGUGAUGAUGCAGUCAACUUUUGCAUGAACAAGAUCUAUCGGUGUCCUCUUGUGAACUCUUUUACACGACAAUGAGAUAAACAUUCGCUAACGUGUUUGAAUUUUUUAUGGAAUGCACCAAGUUAGUUGUUUAAAAUGAAACACAAAAUUAACUCCGGUAGAAAAGUAAACAUUUUUCUCAAGUGGAAAUGGUUAUUUUUUUGAGAUUUCUAGUGAAUAGUGAAUGAGCUACAUGUAAAGCUGUACUGUCAAACUCAAAAGCAGAAUAAGCAAUCUAAUGUCUUGUAUGAAGUUCAUAGUGUUGCACCUGUUACAGUCCAGUUUACAGCUGCUUCCACUGGACUGAGGAACUGGAUUAAGGACGGCUAUCUGGUACAUUUGCUCCAAAGUUCAGCAGAUCACUGACAGUUGAUUCGCCUUCAAAUUUAACACACUUUGCGCUUUGACGACAAAUUUUGGUGAAUUUAAAUAGACUAACUUAGAUAAAUAUGUUAUGGGAAAAAAAAUAUUAAAACAUGGUUUCAAAAUAUCUUACAAAAAAAUAAAAAUUUUAAAAUGUGUGACAUUCAGGCCCUUCUGAAACAAAUUAAUUAUUGUGAAAAGGUUUAAACUUACAGCAGCGCAAAUGGAAACAUGGUUUUCAUUUCCUUCAGGCUCUUAUGUACACUGCGUUAUACUAAUUACUGUUUUUUUGUUCCAUCGCAUAAUAACCGAUCAUAAAAUUAUGAUCGGGUUGUAAAAUGCGAAAAAAAUCCAAGUGGAAUGCUUUCGCUAAGGACUUUAUGCUUAAAAGAAAGUAUCAAGUCUUCCACAGCUGUACUCCAAGUAUAAUAAAGGAAUAAAAAUGA